AGUCUCACCUCACCACACAACUGCUCAACGGCAUAUACAGCUAGACGAGAGCUAGAGCUAGAGAGAGAGAGAUGAGGCAGCCGAGCAGGUUCAAGAGGAUUUGCGUGUUCUGCGGCAGUAGCACCGGCAAGAAGACGAGCUACCGCGACGCCGCCAUCGAGCUCGCCAAAGAGCUGGUGUCGAGGGACAUUGACCUGGUGUACGGGGGAGGCAGCAUAGGGCUCAUGGGCCUCGUCUCCCAGGCCGUCUACCACGGCGGCAGGCACGUCAUCGGGGUCAUCCCCAAGACUCUCAUGACCAACGAGGUAACUGGAGAGACAGUCGGGGAGGUGAGGCCGGUGGCGGACAUGCACCAGAGGAAGGCAGAGAUGACAAGGCAAUCUGACGCCUUCAUAGCCCUGCCCGGAGGAUAUGGAACUCUGGAGGAGCUGCUUGAAGUGAUCACAUGGGCACAAUUAGGCAUCCAUCGUAAGCCGGUUGGCCUCCUGAAUGUUGAUGGCUACUACAACUCCCUGCUGACAUUCAUCGACCAGGCCGUGGAGGAAGGCUUCAUCAACCCUAGCGCUCGCCGCAUUAUCGUCUCGGCUCCCAUAGCACAGGAGCUCAUGGACAAGCUCGAGGAGUACGUCCCUUACCAUGACAGAGUUGCAUCUGGGCUGAAAUGGGAGCCGAGGAUCAUCUACGAUGCAGGCGAUGAUUCAGGAAGCAGCGUUUCAGCAUGACGCGCGCGCGCAGAUCAAGAUAAUUAAACUGCAGGCUCAUCUAUCUUGCAAGCUUCAUAAUUAGUUGUGUACGAUCCAUGCAUAAUGUAAUAGCUGGCUAGCUAGCAAGUGUAGCAACCUACUACCUUAAGCUUCUUUAAUUAGUUUUUGCAUGAAUUAUUUCCUCAGUAAGAAUCGGCCAAGAGUAGCUAGUAGUAAUGUAUGAAACUUGGCUUUUAUUGGUUGUCA